CCUCAUACUAUUAAGUCCUAGUGCCCCUCCAUCUCGUGGAAACCAUAGUUCUUGAUAUAUACUAGAACCUUGAUUAAUUUUUUUUUUAAUUCUUUUGUUUCUAUCUAUUUGACCUCUAGUCUCCAAUUCUACAAUCAAAUCCCGAUCUAGUUCACGAUGGCCGCUCAGGACAGUGCCGCCACUGCACCCUCCCCUCCCUCGGUGAUCCCCUUGAUCAUCAAUGGCAAGGAGGAAAUACCGGGAUCUACGUUCGACGUCAUCAGCCCGUAUACCAACCAACGCUGCUGGGCUACAGCUGCGGCCUCCCCUGAGGAUGCUGUUCGCGCGGUCGAGGCCGCUGAAGCCGCAUUCCCAGCUUGGUCGCAGACUAAGCCCACCGUCCGGCGAGAUAUCCUGCUCAAGGCAGCCGAUAUUCUGGAAAGUCGCCUUGUCCAAAAUGCAGAGUACAUGCGGACGGAAAUGGGCGCCGACGUCGGCGCGUCGCAGUACUUUAUCGUGCCGCUUGGCAUUCGCAUGCUGAGGGACAUCGCUGGGCGCAUCACUUCCAUCUGUGGAAGCGUACCUGUCGUCGAGGAAGAGGGGCAGAGCGCCAUUGUUUAUAAAGAGCCUAUGGGUGUGAUUCUGGGGAUUGUGCCGUGGAACGCACCAUACGUGUUUGGCGUCCGCUCGGCCGCCUGCGCACUUGCUGCCGGCAACACUACCAUCCUCAAGUCCUCGGAACUCUCCCCUUGCUCAUACUGGGCGCUUGUCCGUGCCUUUGAAGACGCCGGCUUGCCUGCCGGAUGCCUGAACCUGAUAUCGUGUCGGCCCCAAGAUGCCCCCCAGGUAGUCAACAGCAUGAUAGAACAUCCGGCCGUGCGCAAGAUCAACUUCACCGGAAGCACAGCUGUCGGAAGGCAGAUUGCUCGGUCCUGCGGUCAAAACUUGAAACCGUGCUUGAUGGAGCUGGGAGGGAAGAACAGUUCUAUUGUGUGUGAAGAUGCAAACAUCGAAACAGCUGUGAAGGGAGUAUUGGCGGGAGCUUACUUGAACUCCGGCCAGAUCUGUAUGGCCACAGAUCGGAUCCUCGUCCAUUCCUCUGUUGCCCCCGCCUUCAUCGAAGCACUCAAAACCGCCUUGAACUCGAAUCUUGAUCCAUCUUCCCCACCGCCAACUCUCGUCACUGUAGCUUCUAAAGCACGAGUCGAGCGUCUGAUCUUGGACGCGUUAUCGAGCGGCGCUCACCUAAUCCACGGAUCCGCGGAGCAAAACUCGGAGGCACAGCCCGAGUCUGGCGUCCGCAUGGCCCCUGUGCUCCUCGGUGGCGUCAAGGAGAACAUGAAGGUUUGGCAAGAAGAGGCAUUCGCUUCGCUAGCCGCGUGCAUGGUGGUAGACAGCGAUGAGGAGGCCAUCCGGAUCGCAAACAGCAGCGGAUAUGGACUGUCGGCCUCCGUGUUCACCGAGGAUUUACGGAAGGGAUUGGCCCUGGCGAAGAAGAUACAAUCCGGCGCCGUCCACAUCAACAGCAUGACCAUCCACGACGAACCCGUCUUGCCGCACGGUGGUGUCAAGAACAGCGGGUGGGGCCGGUUCAAUACCUCUCAGGGCCUGGACGAAUUCCUGGUGACCAAGAGCGUAACCUGGAUGGAUUAAUGAAUCACGAGGCACACGACGUUGGGCGUUUUAUGGGUAGUCAUUGUAUUUAGUUUAGCUCAUUGCAGCGAUUGUCGUCAGUUGGUGAUCACUUCUGGGAGCAUUAUGACUUUCACGCACAAAAUCUUACAAAAAUAGUCGGCAUA